UUGUGCGCCAGCCGCUGCCCGGGCGGAGCUCCGGGAGGGGUCGUGGCCACUCAGCACCCCCGACCCCGCCGAGCCGAGCCGGGCCGGGCCUCGCCGCCAGCUCUGCCCUCGAGGGCGCCUUCCAGGCUCGGCGCGAGGUAACUUUUUUGCAAGGGCCUGACUUUUUUCAACCAGUUUGUAUUGCCUGUCAAGAAUUUUCAUGUUGACUCUCGGAAACCUGCUGCAGAGUCUUCCCUGUUUACUAUUCAGUCCUAUUUUCUUCCUCCUUUAGCAGGAUUUCGAGAGUGCUGUUUAGGUACUGCCGUUCUGGAUUCCCUGGCACAUGAGUUAAGGAUUUCAGUAGCAGAGAGGGGAUAUUGUACAAUGAGAACUUGACAGUCCCAAGUCAUGAGGACUAUGGGCAUCGCUUUUCUCUUCAUACGUGAUUCAUCUGGAAAAGGUUGAAGUUCAUGAGUUCGCCCAGCCUCAGUGAUCUGGGCAAGAGAGAGCAGGCAGCCUUGGAUGAGCGGGGGACCCAGCAGCGCCGGGCCUGCUCCAACGCUACCUGGAACAGCAUCCACAAUGGAGUGAUAGCAGUAUUCCAGCGUAAGGGUCUCCCAGACCACGAGCUGUACAACCUCAAUGAAGGAGUCAGGCAAUUACUGAAAACAGAACUGGGAUCAUUUUUCACUGAGUAUCUGCAGAAUCAGCUGCUCACAAAAGGCAUGGUGAUCCUAAGGGACAAGAUCCGGUUUUAUGAAGGGCAGAAGCUACUGGAUACCUUAGCUGAAACCUGGGAUUUUUUCUUCAGUGAUGUCCUGCCCAUGCUGCAGGCUAUUUUCUAUCCUGUGCAGGGAAAGGAGCCCUCAGUUCGGCAAUUGGCUCUUCUGCAUUUUAGGAAUAUAAUUACCCUCAAUAUCAAAUUGGAAGAUGCAUUAUCCCGUUCCAGAGCCAGAGUUCCACCCUCUAUUAUUCAGAUGCUGCUAAUACUUCAGGGGGUUCAUGAGUCGAAAGGUGUGUCUGAAGAUUAUUUGAAACUCGAAUCCCUGAUCCAGAAAGUUGUUUCUCCUUACUUGGGCACGUAUGGUCUGUAUUCCAGUGACGGACCCUUCAUGCACUCUGCCUGUAUCUUGGAGAAGCGGUUCUUCAGACGUUCCAAGUCGGGUGACAUCCUUGCCAAGAACCCCGUGGUGCGAUCAAAGAGCUACAACAAUCCACUGCUGACACCGGUGGCCGAGUAUGACACUGAGAGCAUAGCUGCCAACGGAACCGGCAUCCGAAGGCACUCUGUCUCAGAAAUGACCUCCUGCUUGGAGCUCCAGGGGUACUCCAACCUCACCACCGUCAUGGACAACGGUUCCAAGAGCUCCAUGACAACCAUGAAAAGCUCACUGCCAGGAGACCAGGAGAGGCCCAGCACUGGGUCAGUGCAGUGCUCCAGCAAACUCAGCACAGCUGAGCAACAGACAGGACUCUUCCACGCAAUUGGUGACCCACACAGGUCUUUUGAGCUAGACAGAGACACUUCCUUACUUCCAGUUCCCUCUUCCAGCCCUGAGAACAUAGUGGAUCAGAUUUUGGAGUCCAUCGACUCUGAUUCUGAAGGCAUUUUCAUUGAUUUUGGCCGAGGCUGUUCCAAUUCAUCAGCAUACAAUGUGGACGUGAACAGACAGAGCAUUGUGUGAAGGAUAUUAGGAGACAAACUGUGGGGUUUAAUUAUAUAGGAAAGUUACUAACACAGUGUAUCGGACUAUGGGCAAGCUGUCUAUGCCUGGGCAGAUUUAAGGCAGAUUUGCCAGGUCAUCGUGGCUGUACGGAACAAACACAGUUUGUUUAUAGCAGGUGGGAAUCUCCUGAGGGGUAAGCAGCUCCAGCUGCUUUUCCCCAUCCCUGUCAGCCGGCAGAUGGAUUUCCUAUUUCUUUAUAAACUUAGAAGUUCACAAACUCACAAGUGUCUGGUAAAAUACUAUUAGUGCAGCUGGCAGUGUUUUUUCAGGAAAACAGCUCAGCAAAUAGCUGUGCUCACUUCUAAUUUUCUAAAGAGGUUUCCUGCAGAUGGUAGGUUGUUCUCUGAAGUGUAACACCUCAGCCAGAGUAGAAACAUAUCCUUUAAAAACAAACAAACAAAAACAAAAGGCAUUUGGCUUUCAUGCCACAGAAUACAAUAAUAAAGAAGUCUCUUUUAAUCUUUUUCUUGUA